AAGGGUCGCUGUAGAUAAUCAAUAUGGUUGGAUCAGAUGAGAACAAUCCGGGUUUGGCUAGGCCAGCAAAUUUCCAAGAUGCUCUACGGAUGGGGGGUGGGAAAUUCGUUCGAGAGAUUGGACACAAUCGAAGAGCUUUAAGCAACAUUAAUCGGGAUUUUGUGGGAGCUCCUCCGUACCCAUGUACAGCCAACAAAAGAUGCGUCUCAGAAAAACAGACCGCCUGUGAUAAGAACCCCCCUAUUCCACUUCCUAGGCCAAUGACAAGGAAAUUUGCAGCAGAAAUGGCAACCAAGCAGCAGCAGCCUCGUCUUGAGGAAGCUAGGCCAAUCCCAUCUCUUACAAAUGCAACUGCAUCAGAUGAUUUUACUGUAAUUGAUGUGGAUGAUGAUGAUUACAAGGGGACUAAUGACUUUCCUGUUCCGAUGUUUGUGAAGCACACAGAAGCUAUGUUGGAUGAGAUUUAUCAGAUGGAGGAGGUCGACAUGGAGGACAUAACAGUGAACCCGGUUACAGAUAUUGACAGCUGUGAUUCGAAGAACCCACUCGCGGUUGUUGAUUAUGUUGAAGACAUUUAUGCCCACUACAGAAAAGCUGAGAGUUCUAGCUGUGUCUCUCUGAACUAUAUGGUGCAGCAGUUUGACAUCAACGAGAAGAUGAGGGCUAUCCUCAUUGAUUGGCUUAUAGAGGUACACUACAAGUUCGAGCUCAUGGAUGAGACUUUAUUCCUCACUGUCAAUCUUAUAGACAGAUUCUUAGCACAACAAACAGUGGUGAGGAAGAAGCUUCAGUUGGUUGGAGUUACAGCCAUGCUCUUAGCAUGCAAGUAUGAAGAGGUUUCUGUUCCUGCUGUGGAGGAUUUUAUCUUAAUAUCUGACAAAGCCUACACUAGGAAAGAAGUUCUUGAAAUGGAGAAAUUGAUGGUAAACACAUUACAGUUCAAUAUGUCUGUUCCAACCCCAUAUGUGUUCAUGAGGAGAUUCCUCAAAGCAGCUCAAUCUGACAAGAAGCUCGAGCUUCUGUCCUUCUUCAUGAUUGAGCUUUGCCUGGUGGAGUGUGAAAUGCUCAGGUUCCCUCCAUCUUUGUUAGCUGCUGCUGCAAUCUACACUUCUCAAUGUACUCUUAACAGGACUAGGCAAUGGACCAAGACCAGCGAGUGGCAUACAAAUUAUACAGAAUUUCAGCUCCUGGAGUGCUCAAAGUUGAUGGUUGCUUUCCAUCAGAAAGCUGGAACAGGGAAGCUUACUGGGGUGUACAGGAAGUACAGUAUAUUUAAGUUUGGUUAUGCAGCAAAAUCCGAGCCAGCUAUUUUUCUUUUGGACAACACACUCUAACCGGGUUG